CGACCGGAGACGCGCACCCGGGGGAGCGAGCACAAACUCAGGGGCACCAGCCCGGAUGCGGAGAGCUGCGCAUGCGCGGAGACAGGCUGGAGCCGCGCUUCCCCAGGCGGGGUUUGGCUUUCACCCCUGGAACCGCCCUGCCCCGUCACCCCGCAGUUUUCUGCACCGUGCGGGUCACGACUGCGCCCGCAGGGUCUGCACUCGCGCUGGCGGGAAGGCGAAGCGGCGGAUAGCAGAUUAUGGACAAUAGUACUUUUAAUUAAUCUGUGAUCAUCAUGGCUAAUGAAGGCUGUUCCAGGGCUGUUGAUAGUCCAUUUUCGUCAGAUAAACAUGCCCAAUUCAUCUUGGCCCAGAUAAAUAAAAUGAGAAAUGGACAGUAUUUCUGUGAUGUGCAGCUGCAAGUUGGGAAGGAAACUUUUAAUGUUCAUCGGCUGGUCUUGGCUGCCAGUAGUCCAUACUUUGCAGCUUUGUUUACUGGAGGAAUGAAAGAAUCCUCAAAAGAUGUUGUACAGAUUCUAGGAAUUGAAGCUGGAAUCUUUCGGUUACUUCUAGAUUUCAUUUACACAGGUAUAGUGAAUAUAGCUGUGAAUAAUGUUCAGGAGUUGAUUGUUGCAGCGGACAUGCUACAAUUGACUGAAGUUGUUAAUCUUUGUUGUGAAUUUCUGAAAAGACAAAUUGAUCCACUGAACUGCAUUGGGAUCUUUCAGUUCUCUGAACAGAUUGCCUGCCAUGAUCUUUUAGAAUUCACAGAAAACUACAUUCAUGUCCAUUUCUUGGAAGUUCAUAGUGGGGAAGAGUUCCUGGCACUUACAAAAGAUCAGCUAAUCAGAAUUUUACGAAGUGAAGAGCUUAGCAUUGAGGAUGAAUACCAGGUUUUCUUAGCUGCAAUGCAGUGGAUUCUGAAAGAUCUGGGAAAGAGAAGAAAACAUGUGGUAGAAGUGCUUGACCCAAUUCGAUUCCCUUUAUUACCUCCUCAGAGGCUUUUAAAGUAUAUUGAAGGAGUAUCUGAUUUUAAUCUUCAUGUUGCAUUGCAAACACUUUUGAAAGAGUACUGUGAAGUGUCCAAAUCUCCAAAAGAGAAUAAAUUUUGUAGUUUUCUGCAGACAUCUAAAGUUCGACCUCGGAAGAAAGCAAGAAAGUACCUCUAUGCAGUAGGUGGAUAUACUCGGUUGCAGGGGGGCCGUUGGAGUGAUAGCAGAGCCCUCAGCUGCGUAGAACGUUUUGAUACCUUUAGCCAGUACUGGACCACUGUGUCUUCACUUCAUCAGGCUCGAUGUGGAUUGGGAGUAGCAGUGUUGGGAGGGAUGGUCUAUGCUAUUGGAGGUGAAAAGGAUUCGAUGAUUUUUGACUGUACUGAAUGCUAUGACCCAGUUACUAAACAGUGGACAACUGUAGCUUCAAUGAACCAUCCCCGCUGUGGCUUGGGAGUGUGUGUGUGUUAUGGGGCUAUCUAUGCUUUGGGUGGAUGGGUUGGAGCUGAGAUAGGAAACACAAUUGAACGAUUUGAUCCUGAUGAAAAUAAAUGGGAAGUAGUUGGCAACAUGGGUGUGUCACGCUACUAUUUUGGGUGCUGUGAAAUGCAAGGUUUAAUUUAUGUAAUUGGGGGAAUCAGCAAUGAAGGAAUAGAGCUUCGUUCUUUCGAAGUUUAUGAUCCGCUUUCUAAGCGUUGGUCUCCACUUCCUCCAAUGGGAACCAGGAGAGCUUAUCUUGGGGUGACUGCACUCAAUGACUCCAUCUAUGCUAUUGGAGGCUGGAAUGAGACUCAGGAUGCUCUUCAUACUGUGGAAAAAUAUUCCUUUGAAGAGGAAAAGUGGGUUGAAGUUGCCUCAAUGAAAGUGCCUCGAGCGGGCAUGUGUGUUGUGGCAGUCAACGGUCUUCUGUAUAUUGCUGGAGGCCGAUCUUCUAGCCAUGAUUUCUUGGCCCCAGGUACCUUGGACUCAGUUGAAGUUUAUAACCCUCAUUCAGAUACAUGGACUGAAAUUGGUAACAUGAUCACUAGUCGUUGUGAAGGGGGUGUUGCUGUACUAUGAAAGACAAAGCAUAAGAGCACAAGGAACAUAUUGUAAAUGUAGGAUCUGACCUUUUGCAAAUCAAACAUAUAGGUAUUUGAUGAUAGGUCCCUCUGAUUCUAUAGGUAGAUAAGUGAAUAAAGAGUAAUCUUUUUAAAAACUGAGAAAGGAAAUAGAAUAUAUUCUCAAUUAAGAAAGAGCUCACAUAAAUUUGCCACACUUCCCACAGAAAUGCUGUUUAUACUCUAGAAAAUUUUCCAGUUAAACCUAGAGUCCUAAUUGUAAAAAUUUGCUAGAAGCUUCUGGGAAAAUAGUCCCUUUGGCUGUUUUCUCAGUGUACUUCAAAUUGUAACUUACCCUAUAUAUGAUGUAGAAAUAAUGUCCAUGAAACAGUUUAAAGACUCCUGUACAUUCAUGAUUCAAUCCCAGCACCAUUUUUCAUGGCCAUAGUUUAACCUGCAAAGAAAAGGCAGUGAAAUAACUUCAUACUUUGAUUUGAUAGCAGGAGUUUUCACCAGCCUCGUUUUAUUGGCAACAGACAUACUCAGAGGAGCGUAUGGGAAGUAUCUGGCUAUUUAAAUUGUUGUUUUGGGGGUUUUUUGAUACCGGGGAUUGAACUCAGGACUUUGCGUUUGUGAGACAGGUGGUGGUGGCACCACUGAGCUAAAUCCCCUAAAAUUUUCUGUUGAUAGCCUAAGAAAAGCUUUUGCUUGCUCAUAUUUUUUGUUCUGAUUCUGAAAAUGCAAGUAAGGAUUAAUAGUUUCUUGGUGACAGUCCUUGGUUGAAAUAGGAUGUUGUAAUGGGUGAUAGAGCCCAGCAAGAUAGUAUUAUGCACCUAGAAAUUGCUUCCUUAGUUUAUAUGUAGUCACAAAUAUUACCUCUUUGGUGCAAUCUCAGUACUUGGGAAGCUGAGGCAGGAGGAUCACUAGUUCAAGGCCAGCCUGGGCUACAUAAAAAGAUCCUGAUUCAAAAAAAAAAAAAGGUUGGCUUUAGGAAGAGGGACUUUUAUUAGAUUAUCAAGCUUCGUGAAAUUUACUUGGGCAAGUCUAAGUAUGAGCUUACUGCAAACCUACUGCUUGGCUUGGAGAAGGCUAAAUUAUUGGUACCAUUUGAGUAUCCCUAAUCUGAAAUCUGAAACUUUAAAUGCCGACAUGAUGCUCAAAACGUUUUGGAUUUCGGCCAGGCGUGGUGGGGCAUGCCUGUAAACCCAGCAUUCAGGAGGCAGAGGCAGCCUAUGAGUUCAAGGCCAGAUUGGGCUAUAAAGUAAAUUCAGGGUCAGCCUGAACUACAAAGGGAGACUUUAUCUCAGGAAAAAAAAGCUGUGGAUUUCAGAUUUUCAGAAUAGAAAGUCUACACAAAUAUUCCAAAAUCUGAGAAGCUCAAGAUCUGUAACACAUCUGGUCCCAAGCAUUUCAGAUAAGGAAUACUCAGCCUGUUCCUAUGAAACUUUUUAUAGACAGCUCAUAAAUUGAAAACCACUUCUGAUCCAAAACUGGUUCUCAAAAAUUUUCCUUUCCUUCUGAAAAGCAUUCUAAAGAAUUUUCUGUUCAGUUCUGAAGACUCAUCGUGUAUAUGAUCAUUGCUUUUAUUUCUGGUUUUUUUUGUUGUUGUUAGUAUUGGGGAUCAAACAUGGGACCUUUCACUUGUGAGGCAGGCGGCAGAACCAUUGAGCUAAAUCCCCGGCCCCAUUCUUCCAUUUCUAAUAGCCAGACAGAACCAUAUGUGUUAAGGGGUUUGCAUACAUUAAGGUUUAACUAGCUGACUCAAGGAUUUGAUUUCCCAAGACUUUACAAAAGUCUCAGUAUAUUGCUAGAAGCGUCAACUUAUUUAGAUAGAAAACAUUUGGUCAGCAUUAAAGACUAAGUGAUUAAUCAUUUCCAAAAAUGUUUGUUCCACAAGGAUAUUAUAUAUAUGGAAAUGCUUAUGUAGCACAGAGAGAAAGUUGGGUCCCUUAUGGGGUAUUCUGAAAGUCUAAAGGGGCACAAAUGCCUGGCUGGAAUCUGUAAGAUAUCAAAGAUGGAAUAUCAAGAAAAUUUGUGAAUUUUUUUUCGUAUUGGGAAUUGAACUCAGGACAUUGUGCUUGCAAUGCAACUCAUAUGCCUUUAAUUUUUCUAGUUACAGAGAAUCUGCCCUAUGAUUCAUAGUGCAAUUUAGUUCUUAUUACACCUCGUACAAUUUAAAAUGGCAUGAUAAAGAGAAAUGUUUUAUAUUGCCUUGGCAGAAAUGUAAUGUCAGGAGUGUUUGGGUUUAACAGGGCCAGAAGAUCCUUAAAAAUAGUUAAUUGUAAAUAUGCUUAUUACUUUCUAGGUAAUGAGAUUAUUUUUAAAAGAAUGUGUGAAUAAAGUAUCUAGCUUUUUUCUUUUCAUUGUAUUAGUUUAUUAGUAAUAUUCCUGAAUUACUACACUGUGGUGGGUUGGAUUACAGAAGCUUAUUAAUUUCUGGGCUGUACACAUUAGUUUUACAUUUAAUUGCCCUUUUUUGAGAGAUAAUUAAUGUGAUCGUCCUCCAAAAUGUUUGACAACUCAUUAUGCUUCGAAAUAUCCUGUCCCGUCAGUCAUGGUGGUGCACACCUGUAAUCCCAGCAUUUGGGAGAGGGUGAAGCAGGAUUGCUGUUUGAGGCCAUCCUGAAAUACAUAGCAGCAAGAUCCUAUCUUAAAUAUCCUGCCUAGUCUGGGCCUGGUAGCACAUACUUAUUGUCCCAGCUACUCAGGAGGCUUAGGCAGGAUCACUUGAGGCUAAUAGUUUAUAGUUCAAGGCUAGUUUAGGCAGUAUAGCCAGACUGUAUCAGAGGGUUAAAAGAAGGAAAAACAUUUAGUUAAAAAAAAAAAAAUAGCUGGUGUGGUGACAUAUAUUCAGCACUCUGGGAGGCUGCUGAUACAGCACACUAUGAAGUCCCUGGGUUCAAUCUCCAGUACCAAAAACAAACAAAAUGCCUAAUAUAGUUAAUAAAAUGUACUUUAAAAUCAGUAUUACAGAAUAUACUAUGACUUACUUGCUCUUCUGGGAGAUGAUACAUGUAAUUGAAAUUAGGAAAAAGUUUGACGUUUGUACAAUACUCAUCAAUUUAGAAGAAAUGAUGUUUCCUCAUCAAAACACUCUGACUAGAAUCUGAGGAUGAUCUAAAGAGCUUUCCUUCCACAUCAGCCUGCACUAUUGUAUAUAUUAAUAAAGAUCUGUGCUUCUCAGUAA